AUGAAGUUGAGCAAGACUCGCAGGAGCUUGUUGCUGGAGCUCCAGGGUGCAGUAGCUGGUGGACACAAUCUCAGUGUUCCAGAAUUCGCCAUGCGAUUUCUACGUGAGAAGGUGCCGCUGCUGUCACAGAUGGCCACAGCAGGCGAUCCUACGCCCGUAGCAGCUCCUGAGGACUAUCUGCUCUCCAAGGCGGUCAUCCCGCUGCAGGGCGCCGCGAGCCUCGUCAAGUUCCUGCCUCUCCACAGCGCCAAGGCAGCACCGGAAGACUCGGCGAGCCCCUCCGCCCCCGCGUCCGCCUCGCAGGGCUCCGCGCCCCCGUCCCUGCUGGUGGUGGCGCGGGAGGACGGGACGGUCGAGCUCUUCGCGCCCGCGGGGGAGCUGGUGCACUCCUUCUCCACGGGCCACGAGCACCCCGUCAGCCACCUGGCCACCUCCCUCGCGCCGGAGGAGCCCGUGGUCGUCACCGGAGACGCCAGCGGGGAGAUCCGCGCCCACAAGGUCACCGUGCGACAGCAGCGCCCCUCGAAGGAGAAGAGGAAGGCGGGCCCCGGCGGCCCGGCGGAGGAGAAGGCCUCGCCGUACCUGAAGCCACCGGUCAACAUCACAACCCUGCUGCUCAAGCGGAUGCAGCUCACCGCCACAGACGACGGGGUGGUCCCGCGGAUCACGGCGCUGGUCAUGGCCUCGCAGGGCAGCUCCAAGUACUUUGUGGCCGGAGAUGCCGAGGGCGGCAUCAGCGUCUUCUCGAAGAACGGCACGCUGCGGGGGAGGAUCCACGCUGCGAGCCCCGGCGCCGGGGUCGAGGGCCUGCAUGCGCAGCAGGGCAGCGUCGUGUGGUGGUCUGGCGGGGACUGGGGCCACGUGGAGCCAGACAAGCUGAGGGCGCGGCACGCUCAGUGCGAGCCGUUCGAGGGUCGCAUCGCGGCGGUGGUGGUGGACAGCCAGCUGGCCUCGCGGACGCUGCUGGCCGACAGCACAGGCACGGUGUGGAUCUUCACCACGAGCAUGAAGGGCGGCGACCAGGGCUGCACCCUCGAGCUCAGGCUCGCGCGCGACGGCGCGGGCCCGCUGGACCUGGCAUCGAUCAAGGGCUUCGCGCUGGGCCUGGAGCGCGCCACGCCACCAGAGCGGCGGCCGUCGCUGCUGGCGCUGAAUGUGAGCCAGGCGGGCAAACGAAGAGGGGACACCUCGGCGCCGCCGAAGUCCGUGGUCUGGCGCAGCAGGCGCCCGCCGGCGCGCUCCUGGGCCGUGAGCGCGCGGCACCAGCAGGGCAACCUGCUGGCCUUCCUGUCGGAGGACGGCGGCAAGGUGGAGGUUAUGGAGCUGCUGAUGGCAGCCUACACUCCGCCUCCAGCAGACGACUUCAUUGCAAAUUUCGGGAAAGUUCCCAUCGUGUUGGUGACGAUGGUGCUGGUGCUGGCGUGGCAGUACAUGAAGCAGAAGGGCUCAGCAGGGCGAAAGAAGGACACGUGGCCGCCGGCGAUGGGCAAGAGCAGCGGCUGA